CAAACCGCAUUUCCUGGAACCGCUCAGGGCCGUCUUGUCCGACGAGGGCACUGUUAACCUGGAAUGCAAAGUUAUUGGCGUGCCGCAGCCCAGUUUGAAGUGGUACAAGGACGGCGUCGAGCUGAAACCGGGCGACAUCCAUCGCAUCAUGUCCGGCCAGGAUGGAACUUGCUGCCUGGGCACUUACACCUGUGAAGCUCAUAAUUGUAUGGGCACGUCGUCCAGUUCCGCCGCUCUUUUGGGCUUCGAAGAUCGGCCCGAAGCCGAACAGAACGCGGACGCCGCCUUGGCUCGCGACGAGACAUUGCUGGACGCCGAGCCGCGCAGUUACGUCACGGAGCAUCCGCGCAUCGCUCGCAAUCCAUCGCUGUCUACCAUCCAGGAAGAGCGAUCGUCGCAGAUUUCCCUGUACGAGACGGCCAAUGCCGAAGAUACUUUGACGGAGGAGCGGGCUGAAAUUAGCGUCUCCCUGGACGGCAGAGAAGUGUCCGUCUCUCUGUACGAAACGCCGGACCUGACGGAAGAGGAAGCCCAGCAAAUCGUUGAGCUCUUUGCCGAGGAAUUGUCGGAAAGGAUUUCGUACCGCAACACGACCGAGUUGCCCCCCUUGCGAUUUACCCGCGAAACGGCCACGUCCGGCUCCCUGUUGAUGGAGGCCGUCGUCAUCGACGUGCCGAUGGAAGUCAACGGGUCGGGCGAUUCGUCGCUGGCCAAGACACUGAGCGAAUUGUCGUACGAAGAAGCGCCGACCGAGGCGGACAUUGAAGAAUUGUCGGCCAUGGAAGCCCUGAUCAUCGAAGAGGCGGACCAGCGGGACAAUCCUUACUUUUUGGACGAUUUGACCAUCCCGGAUCUUCCGUACGAAGUGACGGACGUCCGGCGAUCCAUCACUGGACUGCACGAAGCCCUUUUCGUCCAGGAGACGUGUCCGUCCGACAGGGAACAGCCGCUGCAUUUGGAAUCGCACAGCGGCGGGGCCACGCCGAUCGUCAUGUCCCCACGUCGGUUGAGCCUGGAACACGACGAGUUCGAAGUCAAGGUUGUGGAGGAUUAUCAAGUCGUGUCGGCCGAUGGCAUCCGAUCGCCCGUCGAUGCCGACUAUUAUUCGCCGCUGGAAUAUUCGGAUAGCUGCAGCGUUUUGCUCACCUCGCCCAAGACGGCGGACUCGCCCGUCGAAGAGGCUGUUUGCGUGGCGACGCCCACCGUCCAGCAGCCAGCCGUUGUCGAGGAGCCUGUCGUCAUGUCAACGCCGCUUUGCGAUGUGGCCGCCACGGUGCCGGCCGCGUAUCUACCGCUAUCGGCCGUCAAGGACAAACUGGAGGAUUUCGUGAUGUCCAACAAGAGCUCGUUGGACAUUCGGGAAUCGGCGGACGAGACGGAGACGUCGGCGGACGAGAAUUCGCAGCGACGGACGAGCGUCGUCGAAGCGCCGUCACGCGAAUCACUGGAGAGAAGAAUGCCGUCUGCGUCCAACGAACUGGAACGGGCGCAAGAAGCCGGUGGAAUACCGACGAUUGAGGCUGGCCCAUCAUCUGACGUGGUCCUCGUUGAACCGACAUUGUCAGCUGUCCGUCUGGAAUCGGAUCAAACUUCCGGUGCGGAUGGGCCGGAAUCUGCCCGAGAUGGGCAUCCGUCUGCGCUGCCUAGCGGCGGAAGAAUUCAGGUCGCCGAGCGAGGCGAUGUGACAUGUGCAGAGGAAUGCUGGAACGAGGCCAGCCGUCUGGCAGCAGACGUGCACACUGUAAUGGAUGAGGCCUCCGUAGAAGAUCGCGGGGUCGAAUUGGAACAAUAUCCAUCCACGUCAUCUGCUAGCAAUGCCGGCCGCUCGCUGGGCACUCGCCAACAGCAAGAGGACGACGCAAAGGGGCAAAGUUGCGACGCGCUCAAAGACGAACGAGACAUUCUUUGGGGUUUUUCAGAUGCAGCAGCUGCUGCCCCCUGUGCAGCCACUGGGGGCGAUGUUGCCGAUGGUGGUAGCAAUUUGAAUGCGCACGUAUCAGACGUAACGACGGGAUCAAAGGUGGAACAAACGUCGGCCGCAUCAUCGCCAAUUAUUGCGGAACAAUGCAGCGACGUGGGGCCGCCGCUGCAUUUCCCAGAAGCCGAUGAUCGUGCAACAAGCGUAGUCGACGUGGCUGCCGAGCUUCCUGGAAACGUGACCAACGACACGCCACUCGCAAUUACCAAGAGCGAAGAGUCGUGCGCUGCAGUACAAUCAGAAGCGAAGUCUGACGAUGAGCCUGUAAUUCCAGGAGAAUUGGCGCUGGCCGAAAAGAAAGAGCUACGGCAAGACAUUGGGACGGAGUUGGACGAUAAGGCUAUAGAAGAGGCCGCUGUUGUUGUCGAUGAUGAAAGCACAAAAGAGGUUGAAUUGAGGGAUGAAGUACAGAAAGAUGUUGAAGAAUUGGUAUGCCCGAAGAAGGACGCUGCAGAAGAGAAUGUCAUGGAGAAAGAUGUUGGCAAAGUGGAGAUACUUACUGGUGAUGCUGAAGAAUUAAAUCAAGUUGGGAAUGAGGCUGAUGCGAAACUCGAAGGAGAUGGGAGCCAAAAUGAAGCUGUCCACGAAGCUGGGGAGCAGAAAAAUGUGGAGAACAUUGAAGUUCUAGAGCUGCAAGAGCAUAAAAAUGAACAGGAAGAGAAUUUGAAAAUGAACGAGGAGCAAUGCCAAACGAAAGAAGAAUCAACUCGAGUCGAGUCCGGUAAUAAAAAUGUAGAGUCGCAUAUUAAUGACGUUGAAAUUCCAGCGCUGCAAAAGGAGGUCAAAGAAGAUGAGCAAUUCAGCAAGGAAGCUGAAGCGCAAGAACUGUCCUCAAUGCCAACUGAAGAACACGUCAACAAAGAAGUUCAGAUGCAAGACGAGCAGAUGAAAGACGAGGAGCAGCCGACCGUCUUCAAUGUUGGAGACACGUUGGAACAUGUCAACGAUGCAACCGAAAAGGAAGCUAAAGAGAGGGAGGUCCUUGUUAAAGAAAUUCAUGCAAAAGAGAUGGUUCAAAAAGGAGCCGAGGAAGAAGAAGAGCGUCUCUUAAAAGAGGCGGAAGAAAAGGAGCGUCUUCUCAAGGAAGCGGAAGCGGAAGAAAAGGAGAGGCUUCUCAAAGAAGCCAAAGAAACUGAGCGCGUCAAAGAAGAAGCUGCCGAACAAGAACGACUUCAGUGCGAAGCUGCCGAAAGGCAGCACGUCAAGAAAGAAGCUAAAGUUCAAGAGCUCCCAGCUAAAGAGGCUGAAGAACUCCUUAAAGAAGCCGAAGAAAAUGAGCGUCUCCGUAAAGAAGCCGAAGAAAACGAGCGUCUCCUUAAAGAAGCUGAAGAAAAAGAGCGUCUGCUUAAGGAAGCCGAAGAGCAAGAACGUCUCGUUAAGGAAGCCGAAGAAAACGAGCGUUUACGUAAAGAAACCGAAGAAAAGGAACGUGCCCUGAAAGAAGCCGAAGAAAAAGAGCGCCUCCUUAAAGAAGCCGAAGAAAAGGAACGUGCCCUUAAAGAAGCUGAAGAAAAGGAGCGCCUCCUGAAGGAGUCUGAAGAAAACAAACGUCUUGUGAAAGAGGCCGAGGAAAAUGAGCGCUUGAAAAUGGAAGCUGAAGAAAACGAGCGUCUCCGCAAAGAAGCCGAGGAAAAUGAGCGCCUCCAAAAGGAAGCUGAAGAGCAAGAGCGCCUCCAAAAGGAAGCUGAAGAGCAAGAGCGCCUCCAAAAGGAAGCUGAGGAGAAAGAGCGCCUCCAAAAGGAAGCUGAGGAGAAAGAGCGCCUUCAAAAGGAAGCUGAAGAGAAAGAGCGCCUUCAAAAGGAAGCUGAAGAGCAAGAACGGCUUCAGAAGGAAGCUGAAGAGCAAGAAUGUCGCCUUAAAGAAGCCGAAGAAAAAAAUGAACGUGUCCGUAGAGAAGCUGAAGAAGAAGAAUGUCGCCGUGAACAAGCCGAGGAAAACGAGCGUUUGAGGGUAGAAGCUGAAGAGCAAAUCCGUCUGAAACAGGAGGCCGAACAGCAAGAGCGCCUCCUGAAAGAAGCCGAAGAAAAAGAACGACUUCUUCAAGAAGCUGAGGAACGUGAUCGCCUUGUCAAGGAAGCCGAAGAACUAGAGCGCCUCAAAGUAGAAGCCGAAGCCGAAGAAAAAGAGCGUAUCCGUAAGGAAGCCGAAGAUAAGGAACGUGCCCUGAAAGAAGCUGAAGAAAAGGAAUGUCUCGCGAAAGAGGCUGAGGAAAAGGAACGCCUUGCAAAAGAGGCUGAGGAAAAGGAACGCUUGAAAAUUGAAGCCGAAGAGAAAGAACGUCUCCGCAAAGAUGCUGAAGAGAAAGAACGUCUAGUUAAAGAAGCUGAAGAGAAAGAACGUCUAGUUAAAGAAGCUGAAGAGAAAGAACGUCUAGUUAAAGAAGCUGAAGAGAAAGAACGUCUAGCUAAAGAAGCUGAAGAGAAAGAACGUCUAGUUAAAGAAGCUGAAGAGAAAGAACGUCUAGCUAAAGAAGCUGAAGAGAAAGAACGUCUAGUUAAAGAAGCUGAAGAGAAAGAACGUCUAGUUAAAGAAGCUGAAGAGAAAGAACGUCUAGUUAAAGAAGCUGAAGAGAAAGAACGUCUAGUUAAAGAAGCUGAAGAGAAAGAACGUCUAGCUAAAGAAGCGGAAGAGAAAGAACGUCUAGUUAAAGAAGCGGAGGAAAACGAGCGCCGCGUGAAAGAAGCUGAAGACGUAGAACGUCUUAAGCAAGAAGCUGAGCAAGCGGAUCGCCUCAAGAAAGAAGCUGAAGAGCAAGAACUCCUCCUACAAGAAGCUAUUGAACAAGCCUCGCUCGCCAUUGAAGCUGAAGAAAUGGAGCGGCUGAAACGAGAAGCCCAACUAAACGAAUGCCCCGCAAAAGAUUCCGCCCAAGACAAAGAAUCCAUCAAUAAAGAAACUAACGGCCAAGAAAUGAAAGCAGAAGGAUCGGUCGAAGAAAGUGCGGAUGCUAACAGCCAAACACAACGGACAUCCCGAAGACUGGAGGCCGCGUCUUCCAUUCUCUCACCUGGAGCGCUGCGAUCGAUGGACGCCAGCCUUCCACGACACAGCGAAACGUCACAUUUGACGGCUGAAACGCCGCUGGGCCGUCAACGUAUCGCCAAAACGGAAGCGGGACAUGACGAUGUGUUGGAGAGGAAAGAGCUCGAUAGAAAAUUGAGCGUAGAAGACAAAGUGAGAGCCUCGUUAGCCGAAUCUUCGCUCACUGAAGACGAACUGAUUGCCAAGCAAAUCGAGGAAGACAAGCAGAAGCGGCGACGUGAAGCGGCCGAAAGAUUAUUGCGAGAGCAGGAACAAGAAGCUUCCGGCCAGGCUGACGCCAGUGCGAUGAGGCGCGAAGAGAGGCUCCGUCUGGAACAAUCGGAGCUGCAUCGAACCGUUGACGAGCACAUCCGCAAGCAGCAGCAGGAAGAGGAGGUGAUCCAGCGCGAAUCGGAAGAGGACAAGCUUCGUCUCCAAAAACAGAAAGAGGAAGAGCGCCGGAUCAAGUUGGAAGAGGCCGAAAAAUUGCGCAGGGAGGUGGAGAUGCAGGAGCGUCAGAGGCGCGAAGAAAAGGAAGCCAAGCGAUUGGAAAUGGAGAGGAUCCAGCGCGAGAAGGAGGCCGAAGAAUGGACGCUGAAAGAGCAAGAGCGCAUCCGCCUGGAGGAGGAAAUUCAGCGGCUCGAAUCGGAGCGCCUCCGCAUGAAGGAAGAGCGUCGAUUGCGCCAGGCCAAGGAGGAAGAAGAGGAACGUCUGCGCGUUAAGAAAGAGCGCGAAGAGCGUAUGCGUCGCGAACAGGAAGACGAGGAGCGUCUCCGCAGAGAGGAGGAGGAACAGCUGCGCUUGAUGAAGGAAGAAAGGGAGCGGGCCCGAAAACAAAAGGAGGAAGAAGAGGAGCAAAUGCUGAGGGCCAUCGAGGAGCGCGCUCAGAAGAAGAAGGAAGAAAACGAACGGCUGCGCAAGGAGAAGGAAGGAGAGGAGCGUCUGAAGAAGGAGGAAGAGAAGCAGCGUCGCGAGGAAGAGGAGCGAAAGCGGGCGGAAGCGGCCGAGAAGUUGAAGAGAGAGGCGGAAGAGAAGACGAGGGAGAAGGAGGAGAAGCGCCUGAAACAGGAAGAAGAGAAGAGGAAGCGCGAAGAGGAAGAAAAGCGGAUGAAGGAGGAAUUGAGGAAGCAAAAGGAAGAGGAAGCCAAAAAGGUGCUGGAAGAACUGGAAGCGGCCAGGUUGAAGCGCGCCGAAGAGCAAAAACUCGUGGCGGAAGAGGAGCAAAUUACUGAGCGAUGCGUUAAACAAACCGAACACGUCCAGCAAGCCGCUAGUCCUAAAGAAACGACCAACGAAGCCGGCCCUGGUCCGUCGCAAGGUGAAACGUUGGAAGUCCUCGAAAAAAGGCCGGCAGAGUCGGUGGAAAUGAACGAAGUAAAAGAAAGAAAAGAGGAUGCGGCGGCAACGUUAGUGCGCAAGGAGGACGAAGUGAAAGAACCGGACAUGAAAAGCAAAGAAGAAAAGUUGAAGGUGGAAGAUGACGGAAUGAUGAAGCAGAAAGAAAGGGAAGAGCGAGAAUUGAGAGAGCAAGAAGAGCGGAAGAAGGAAGGGGAAAAGAAAAUGAAGGAGCAAGAAGAACGGAAGAAGGAGGAGGAGGAGGAAAAGAAAUUGAAGGAGCAGCAGCAACAGGAAAAGGAGCGCCAAGCGGCCGAGGAGCGGAAGCGAAUCGAAGAAGAAAAGCAACGCAAGGAGGAGGCGGAAGAAAAGAAGAGGAAGGAACAAGAAGAGAAGGAGCGCAAUAAAGAAGAAGCGGACCGGAAGAAACUGAAGGAGCUUCAAGAAGCUGAAGAAAUGAAAUUGAAGGAGCAACGGGAAAAGGAAGCCGAGGAAAAGAAAAAAAAGAAAGAUCAAGCGGAAAAGGAACGCCAAGAAAGGGAGGAAAAGGAGAAGCAGGAAGCGGAAGAGAGGAAACGGAAGGAGCUGCAGGAGGCUGAAGAAAAGAAGCUAAAGGAAGAAGCGGACAAGGAGCGCAAGGAGAAAGAGGAGAAGGCGCUGAAGGAAAAGCAGCGCAAAGAAGCCGAAGAGAAGAAAUUGAAGGAAGGACAGGAGCGGCUCGAGGCGGAAGAAAGGAACAAGAAGGAACAGGAAAAGAAGCUCAAGGAGGCUGAAGAAUUGAAGAAGAAGGAGCGCCAAGAAGCCGAGCAAAAGAAAUUAAAAGAAGAAAAAGAGAAAGAGCGUCUGGAGGCCGAGGCAAAGAAACUAAAGGAGCAACAGGAAAAGGAACGUCAAGAAGCGGAAGCGAAGAAAUUAAAGGAGCAACAAGAAAAGGAACGCGAAGAGAAGAAAUUGAAAGAACAACAAGAAAAAGAGCGUCAAGAAGCUGAAGAGAAGAAAUUAAAGAAACAGCAGGAAAGAGAACGCAAAGAGGCUGAAGAAAUCAAAUUGAAGGAGCAACAGGAGAAAGAACGCAAAGAGAAGAAGAAGAAGGACAAACUGGAGAAAGAACGCAAGGAAAUGAAGGAGCAGCAGCAGCAACAGCAGCAGCAAGAAAAAGAAACGAAAAAGGCCGAAGAAAUCAGAAGGAAGGACGAGCGAAUGACGUCCAAAACGCAAGAGAGCAACGUCCAGGAGCAACGCGUCGAAGCGCAAGAGGUCAAGAAACGAAGCGAAGGUGAGGCUGGCCGACGCGUCGAUGACGCACGUAGCCGUUCGGAUGACGAAUCGUCUAACAAGGAGCGUCGAAGGAGGCCCAUCACAAAUUCAGAUGAGCCAGCGGUUGAGUGUGCGUCCGAUAACUCAGCGAAGACGACGCGCACCAGGGUUCGACCGGCCGAUGAAUCUCAAUUUGAUUGCGCCGUUAUCGGUUCCGCCACUCGACGUCGGCCCGUGCCAACCGUCUUCGAAGAAGGUUGCGAUUCGAUCGAUCAACCUCCAUCGCAACAGCAACAGCAACAGCAGCAGACGCACGGCAGGCCACAGCUUUCCACCGAUUUCGAUUUGCAUCCGGCUACGAGGCUAAGCAGGGAAGACAUGCGUCAUGGAAUUCGGUCCCGUUCGGCAGGUGUCGCAUCCCACUCGAUGAUGCUAAACAGAUCCGCGUAUCAUGCAGAGUCUCAUUCUACCCAACCGGAAUGGGAUUGUAGUUCCGCUAAAACAAGCGAAGAUGGAAGAAGGGAUCCAAAGAAGAAGCCGAAAUUCAGCUCUAAAUUACGCGACAUGGAAGUGGCCAAGGGCUCUAGAAUUAAGCUGACUUGCAGCUUGCUGGCCAGUCCCGAGCCGGAAAUCGAGUGGUUCCGCAACGGAUUCCCGCUGCUGAAAUCGGAAGAUCCUCAGAAAUACGUGACGAGCUGGGAC